AGCGAGUUGCGAGAGCUAAGCGAAGAACAGCAAUGCAGAAACAGUACGUCUCCAGAGCGACGGACUUGACUUGCAUCCCGUUUGUGGCCAAUAUCUCCUUCGGGUUUGGGCGAGACGAAGGCGCUACGAGAACAUUGGCACAGGAAGAAAGGGAUGAUGGGUGGGGUCAAUGUUUGGUUCCAAGCAAGCAUUGCCCGAACAAGUAAUAGCUACGAGGACUAUUAAGAUGCGAUU